CGCGCGCGCCUGCUGUCCUAAAAAUCACAGUUCACCGUUCAUUUGGCUUUCUGAGCGACCGACCAUAUCAAACAAGAAAGUUACAUACGAUGAACGUUGAAGGUGAGCAGAAAGCCGAGACAAAAGGGUGGAGAAAAGGUUUGAAAAAGGUAAGGAACUGGCUGGCACAUAAGGACAACGAUAAUUGGUUGAAGGACAUUAGGGGUAACCUGAGUUUGGUGGCUACGGUAAUCGCAACAAUAACCUUUCAAAGUGCUCUAAAUCCACCAGGUGGCAUUAGACCGCCACAAGAGAAUGGAGAAGUGGCAUGUCAAGGAUUGAUUCCAUGUCCUGGAGAAUCUGUCCUAGCUUAUACAAUGGCCGAAGCUUACACAAGGUUCCUUAUUUGCAACACUAUAUGUUUCAUAUCAUCUUCAGCUGUUUGUCUCUGGCUUGUUAGUGGGCUCCCUCUAAACAACAGAUUUUUCAACUGGCUUUUGUCAAUAGGCAUGUGCGUCACCAUCUCUAGUCUCGCUCUUGCCUACAUGUAUGGCGCUCAAAUGGUCACCCCACAGCCUGUUUGGACCACAUCCACCUCCAUGUUUGUAAUUGUUAUAUUUGUGUGGUUAGCACUGCUGGGACUCGUCGUUGUUGUUCAUACCCUGCGCCUAUUCGUUUGGAUUCUUGCUAAACUGAUUGGCAAACCUAAACAAUGACAUAUUCCGUCUAGGUUUAUCCUAGCUGUUCUAGCCAAAGCUUUUGUGAAAUUAAAUAUUAAGUAUUUAGUGGGUCCUGUUUAUUUCAUUUCAUAAUACUAGUGGUUUAUUUACUUUUUCUGUAAUGUAGGUUUGUUGCCUAAUUGGCCUAUGUGUCCGAGAUUAAUGAAUUUUAGCUUCAAGUGCUU